AGCGUGAUGUUGAGGUCGGACUUGAACCUUGUGAAAAGAUAAGCCCUGUUGUGUGUAAGCGUGGAUAACGGAGUGGGUACCGCAUCAGUUUGGUGCAAAUAGCCUUUCGACAGAACCUUGCCGCGGUUCCACUUUGGGCGUUUUGUGAGUCACUGGCCAAUCAAAAGCUAUCCUGCAGAUCCUGCGGGGUAACGAAAAUCGGGCGCCGGGCCUGGCUGCAAUGCACUUGUGAAAAACACUGGGAACUGGGAUGUUGAGCUUGCUGAAGGCAGGUUUGUGCGUGCAUGACAACAUUGUGGAGCCUCUGGUCUAAAAAGGACAAGAUCCAAGGGUUCAUCUGAGCAAUGAUGUGACAGUUUCAACAUUAAGCCUUUUGCCAUUGCUGGCAAGCUUGUAUGGAAGUAAAUGGCUACUCUUGAGAAGAAAAUGCCCUUGUUGUGGCUUCUGCUCCUUGCUCAUAGCUUUAUCACAACAGGCUCAAGCAUUUCUUCAUACCAGAAGCUGUCACCUAGAGAGCUGUUCAAAUUCCGCUCAUACAAGGAUGUGCAGCUGUUCCAUUUUCAAGCUCCAGAGCAAGUGAAGCUAGCAACAUUCUCCUUUAGGGCAAAUGAAACAAAUUCAAGAUGUGAUGCAAGAAAUGUCACCCUGUACCUGCAGCAUGGCAGCUACCCAGUCAUAUCGCCGCUGGGGGCCGAGUUCCCGGAGAACUUCUUCCUGCAGCGCACCUCUCUGGCCAGCAUCAGCACGCACAGUGACUCCUCGUGGCUGCGGUACACGGUGGCGGCGCCGCUGCCAGGCGAUUGGUUCGCCGCUGGCUUCAUCCUGGCCGAGGACACGCGCAUCACGCAGAAGGGUCUUGGGCCCACAUGUCACACGGUGCUGGAGACCGAGGCGCGCUUCGAGCCACAGGGGAAGGUCAUCACGCUCGUGCCCGAGGUUACCACGCACCAGAGGCUCAUCCUCACGCAGAAAAUCAACAGCACCCAGCACUACAGGUUCGUCGUGCCGGCCGGCGUGUUCUCUGCUGUGGUGAACGUCUCCAAGUGUGUGGAUGCGGUCGGCGGCGGCUCCUGCCCGCUGACGCUUUCUGCCAGCGCGCUGUCCCUGCCCGACACGGCUGCCGGACCCUUCACCACGAGCGUCAACUGCAGCGAACUGUCGGACGGCGUGUGCUUGCUGCGGCUGGACGCGGCCGCCGACAGAUGGCACUAUGUCCGCCUGACGCCCCUCCCCGACGCCACCGCCCAGUUCGGCAUCCAGGUGGUGCUGGAGAAGAACUGUAAGGAGCCGCAGCGCGACAACGAGUACAUGCUGGUGAGCGAGAUCCACUGCCAGAGGCCGGCGCGCACUGCCUUCAUUCCGGUGGCGUUCUCUGAGGCGGACGGUGGAGCGGGCGCCCAGAACGACACAUGCUGGAACAGUGUGGGUUUGGGCCGGCGCACGCUGGCCGGCAGCCUGGCGUUCGUGUAUGACCAGCUGCCAGCUCCGGACACGGCUGGGCCGCCGGCGCGGCUCAACAUCAGCACGCGCCGGCCGUCGGUGCUGACGUUCGGCGUGCAGCCGGUGCAGGACAUCGGCGGCACGCUGACCGUGGCGUUGACCCUGCCCGACUCGCUGAACACAUCGGCGGCGAACGUGUCAGUGACGGGGUGCCUGUCGCACUGGGUGCGGGCGCGCCUGCUGCCGGACGGCCGCUGCAGCUCGGGCGUCCGCCUCUCCGUCAACAGCACCGGCGGCGGCGGCGGCGGCGGCCGGCUCGACAACGUCACCCACCUGCCGUACCCAGAGCCGGGCGACUGGUACCUCACGCUGGCCGUCCGCUGCUACCGCCAGCAGCUGUACGGCAGUGAGACGCCAACGGUACCGUGUCCGGGGGAUCAGACGGCGCUCGUGUUCCACAUCGAGUCGGCGCCAUGCCUGCAGGCGCGCUGCGGCGCCAAUGGCGGCUGCUACCAGUACUUCUCUGGCGGCUUCGUCUUCUCCACCUGCGUGUGCUGGGCCGGUAAGCAUGGGUACGCCGGCUGGGGCUGCACCGACUCCUCGCACGCCACCUCCGACUUCCAGCUGCUGCUGGGCACGCUGCUGCUGACCAUCAGUAACGUGCUGUUCGCGCCGGCCGUGGUGCUGGCGCUGCGCCGGCGCUUCUACACGGAGGCGCUGGUGUACGCCUUCAUCAUGUUCUUCUCGACGUUCUACCACGCCUGCGACGAGCAGAAGUACGCCUUCUGCCUGAUGCGGCUGAGCGUGAUGCAGUUUUGCGACUUCUACGCCGGCAUCUUCGCCUUCUGGGUAACGCUGGUGGCCAUGGCCGACCUGGCGCCCGCCUGGAGCUCCCUUCUGAACGUGGGCGGUGCCAUGCUGGUGGCCCUCGGCGUCGAGUACGACCGCACCGGGCUCUGGGUGUUUGUCGUGCCCGUCGCCACCGCCUUCGUCUGCAUGGUCACCUCCUGGGUGGUGCACUGUCGGCGGCAGAGGGCGCUGUUCCCGCCGCUGCGUUACCUGCUGCUGGGCCUGCUGCCGGGCGCCACCAUCGCUGGCGCCGGCCUCGUCUGCUACACACUGCUGGAGACCGAGGAGAACUACAAGUACACGCACUCGGCCUGGCACUGCUGCGUCGCGCUCUCAGUUCUGUUCCUGCUGCCGGCACGCCGGCGCCCUGAUGGCUUGUUCAGCCUGGAGGGCGCCUCGCCUGCCGGCAAGGUGCUGCGCGUCGGCAUUGGCGGCGGCGGCGGCGGCGAUGGCAAUGGGCGAGAGCUCAGCCAGCAGACGGUCAACACCAGCGCCGACUGCGAGUCGCGCCGCUAGGGGCGCUGCAGUGGCGUGAGGCCGCUGCCACUCCGCUGACCUGGGCUGGGGCUGAUCUCCCGGCGGCCAGCCAUCCGCUCGCGCCGCCACCUUCCAGUGCCCUACAGCGCAGAGAAAGACAGCCGGUCACAUGUGGCCGCCUGUGCGGCGGAGCCACUCACCAGGGCAUCGAUCGGACUUAGGCGCAGGCUAGGCUAGUCUCGACGAGGCUUCAGUGGAUAAUCGGUAUCAGUUGUGCCACUGAUCUCUAGCUGAGGAGCUCUGACUCACGUGCCGUCGCGUCCAGCUCGGAGCGGCCACGCUGCCAGGUGCCAUGAUGUUCAGGUAUGAACGGCGGCUGCCGUUCUUUGAAUCACCUAUGCUUCGUUGUGACAAUCGGUCGUUCGUAGGGUAGGCUUCGUUCACGUACCAUUCAGUCCACUUGGGCUCGGUAGCGGCGGCUCGCUUGCCAUCCCGUUUUGUGUGAUUGUGACCCGCAGUGGGUCGUAAUCUGUAGUGCAUGAUACGGCGCGAGUGCUAGGAUCGGCAUGAUACCGGCGCGGCGCGCUCCUCAAUCAGGUGAGCGGCGAUCGGGACGGCCGCAUACAGGCCGUGGAGGCCGGCGCCCGGCUCCGUACUGUCCAAAGCCACGUCACACGCAGGCCACGGUCCAGGAAGGCCCUGGUUAUUGGAGGCCGGGAAAGGCCUCUCGUGCCUGGUUAUUGGGGGCGGGGAAGGCCUCUCGUGCCUGGUUAUUGGGGUCUGGGUGUCUUUUAGUGUCACUCCCUGAGCUUCAUUCCAUUUGAUACCAGGUCGAUGAUGGAAUCAAGUAUUUUCCGUAAGUCGCACUGUUGUGGGCUGUAUUGUCGUCGCCAUUAUGUUUUUCCCCUGAUCUUGGACUACAAUCCUAUUGUAUAGCUGUUCAGUCUGAGGUGAGGCAGAGGGACUGUUUUAAUAGAUGUUACUUGUUUUGGUGCCCGUUAAUGUACCGCUUUUUGCUCAUUCUUGAAAGCAGGCAUCUGCACACGGCUUCUUUUCGUCCCUGUAUCUCGCAUAGCGGGUCGUGUUUUCAGUCCUUGUACCGUCAUGGCUUCUUUUCGUCCCUGUAUCUCGUAUAGCGGGUCGUGUUUUCAGUCCUCGUACCGUGCAGGGCGUCCUCUGGUGACGGCAAGGGUGGAUGGGCUAGUCCCGAGCAAGGCGUCGAGUCGCCUGUGGUCGGCCCGACGCGCCAGUGGCGCCGCCUGUCGCUGAGCCUGUCGUGGUAGGCGGGCCGACACGCGCUCGGGCAGCCCCUGGCCAGUCGUGCCGGCCGAUCCCGCCCGGUCGGUCGCCCUCCCGCCGCGCCUGUCUCCGCCAUGUUGGCGACCCUGGGUCGUCGGGUCCGCCCCGGAGCCGGCCAGCGCCGGCUGUGUUGUCAUUAUUGUGCGGUACGCCACGGACUGCCAGUCAGAUGAUACCACUUGUUUUUCAGGGCACCGUAGAGGUGGAGGUCGUUUAUGGCAUGUGUAACCGUCCUGUUUUUGUUUUUUUAUCGGACUGUUUGGCAGCCCGUCGUAGGGGGUUCGCCGCCCGCCGUCCGUCUGCACGGCGGCAUCAACGCCAGAGCGAUCCGUGCGAGCUUCCACGGUAACUAUGGACAUUUGUCGACGCGCUUCAUGCCGCCGUUCCCUGGAAGAAAAGUAAACGUGACGUCUUGGGCAAACAAAGAUAGCCAGGCGGUAUUAAAUUCGCACGGUGAAGCGUUUUCAUGCCAAAUUCUCAACCGCAGUGACCGGUACCCGUGAACGACUCGAAACGACAGACGCGACAUGUGCUUGUCUUCUGUGCGGCGACACAGUUGUGGGCGCAUUUUGAGGUCAUCCUUUGUCCCCACUUCUGAAAUUCUCAGCCGAACGUUCCAGCUGCCUGUAAUAGGGCCGGUUGUUGGUCCGUACCGCCGGCGUGCCGCAUGUCUGAGUAGGCCGGCUGGAGCCUUCCGGCGGGCCGGCGCCGCCGGCCAGGGCGGCGGCGACUGCCGGCCGGAGCGGCGUCCGAGCUGGUGAGGCUGUGCUGCUGGGCCGACCUCGCCAGCCCAGCCGGUCCGUGUCCAGGGGACUCGCCCACUCUGUGAAUAGUCGUGCUCCUCGGCAGUGCUGUCCUCUAACGGGCUUAUCAUUGUGUGGUGUGGCUGGUGAGCAGCUGGGCUCUUCGCCUGGUUCACUCUGUUGAUUGCUGUUAGAUUGGCCUCGUCGCCUGAAUGUGUGCGGUGGGCGGCUGCAGCGACAGCGGCGGUGUGUGGCUGCAGCCCGCCGCCAGCGCGCCCUCGCGUGACCUAGUCAGAACAGAGCCGCGCGUGGCGUGGACGUCCGAAACACUAGUCUUUCGGCCUCUCAUUAGCGGCGUCCGGCCGUCGGCGGCGUGUGUAGCACAUCGAGUGGUGGUCCGUGCCCGGGCCCGGGUCCCUGCUGCCGUCCUAAUCUCGCCCGCUCGCGCCGGCGGCGCGCUGCCACGGCUGGCGGC